UGGCAGCACAGAGGUGCAAUAACUUGUGUUACAUACAUGAUGCUGUACGGGGACUUCUCUGAGUCACUGCACUGAGACAAAAAAAGCGGGCUCUGCAGAGUUUUGAUCCACCUGCUCUCACAUUUCAAUUUUUUUUUUUUAACGUUGAUUAUUCAUUUCUGAUGUUUCAUGUGUGAUGGCUAAUGCAUCAUCGAUUGAUGUGGGAGUUUUGUUUCUAGUCGUGGUGACAGCGUCUUUGACCAACGGUUCUUCACUGAACAAAGAUGUGAGCCAGAAGAAGGAGGUUGAAGCGGUCAAGCAGAAUGCACUACUGCCCGGCAGGGUGGAUGAUCUUGCCGCUGUCGCUUCCCACAUGGAGCCGCCCGUAGCCAGGAGGCGCACCAAGAGGUGCACGUGUUACACUUACAAAGACAAGGAGUGUGUGUAUUACUGUCACUUAGACAUCAUCUGGAUCAACACACCGGAGCACACAGUACCAUUUGGUAUGUCCAGUUACCAGGGUUCCCUGCGUUUGAAGCGCUCUGCCAGGACUGAGCGGGUGAGGAUAGGGAUGGAGACCCAGCGCUGUGCGUGUGCGCUAUACAGUGACUUGGACUGCAGCAGCUUCUGCAAGAACAGUCAGAGGAGGCCACACACAGUGGCGCCUAAAACAGACAAGAGGAGAGGAAGUCAGCGCAGUGGCCCUGCUAUGAAAUGAACACAUUUAUAAACUAAACUGAAAAGUGGUUCCACAUAUUCAGAGACACAGCAUGUAUAUCUGCAUUUCUGUAGAUGGACAUGUUUGUAAUGCGUUGUCAUCAGACUGAAGGAUGUGUAACGAGAAAACUGCUUGCACAAAUCUGAAAGCGAGUGAUUCCAGGUUGGAUGCUAUUGGAAUUCACCCCUUCCUUCUCCCCUUCCAUCCUCUGCUCGCGCUCCAGAACUUGCUGCCUGUGUCUGUUUGGCAGGUGUGGAUGAUGGUUCCCAUUACUCUGUCACAACUGAAGAUAGUUUGCACAGCUGAUUUGUGUGGACUAUAAGACUUUUGGUUGCUCACACAUGAUGUGGACGCCCCUGCUCCAGGGAGACGGUUAAAAUCCCUGUCCGCAUUGGCACACUGUCAAAGGCGGGAAGUCAGCAUUACUCUUUAGAAAUUCACAGUUUGUCAGUCACUGAAACUUUCAGGAUAUCAUUUUGGUUAUUACCUUAGGAGUGUUCUUAAUUGUAAAAGCAUGCCUGAGAUUUUUGGACGCAACAGAACUAAAAACAAAAGUCAUCAACUUAUUUUACAGUCGGUCUUAUAAGCUGAACCCGUGCCACAGUCUUGUGUAUGUGAAAUGUGUUCCAAUAUAUAAAGGCUAUAAGUUAUUUUUCAUACAAACUGAAUACAGUAUGUACAAGUGUAUGAUAAGAUGUUGUAUAUAGAUUUAUAUAUGUGAUCAUGCUAGCCAGCAAGUCUCUGUAUUAAAGAAUCUGGUUAAGUAUUGAAAAACUUUAUACCAUAAAAUAAAUUUGUGAUACACCUCAUUUUUCUUCUGUUUCUCUUGACCUCUUAACGUCCAUCAAAUUGCCAGCAACUUGUUUAGGUGUAUUGGUAGGGUUAGGGUUAGGUUCAUAUGUCCUCCUUUAUAUUUACCUGUCUGGCAUAUCAAAUGGAAAUCUUAUGACAGAGGAGCUCCAAGGACAAAAUGCAUGUAAGAGAGCUGAUUUCAAAGUUAACAUCUUUCUCAAACAUGUGUAUAUGUAGGCUGACUAACCAAUACCCCCAACUGGUUAACUGGCACCUUGGUGGACGUUAACAGGUUAAUGACUUGACCACAGAGUAAUUCCUCAGUCAGAUGACCACCUGUCUAGAACUGGUGAUUUGUAUCAAGUUGAAGGUUUUCCCCAAAAAGCACUGCUGAUAACUCAGAUUAACUCUGACAAAAAGAAGACAUGGCUUUUUGUUUUAUGUUUGAAAUAUUCUGAUGCACAUUUGGCUUUAUUUAAACAUAUUGAAAUAAAGUUGUUACCUAAUUAAUGUGACUGAUCAGAGGCUCCCUUACACAGAGACAUAGUAAACUGUUGCAACUAGCUGUUGCCUGUAUAUGUUCUAAUAAUGUCAGCAGACCAUGUCUAUUGCAUUGCAGAGCAAGGUUAAUACUAUCUGAAAAUGUUACCCUGCAUUUGAGUAACUGACAUACAGUUAUGGAGCAUUACAUCAAUGAUCUAUAGCAUUCAUACUAUAUCUGCUGUAUUUAUGUCUCUGUAAUAAAUAAAGAUAAAAGUAUA